GGUGAAUUCUCCCUCCACCGCAAAAAUAUGAGUUGACAGCAAGUCGUCUCUCCGCUGUACAGUAGAAUAGCGUCAUCAUCAACACCGGGUUGAUCAGCGGCUGCUGCUGUAACGGCGCUGGACCCCCACCCACCCACCACCGGCAGAUGGAGCGUGAGGCCGGGACUGGCACGUGACUGGUCUCGCUGCUGUGAGCAUCUCCAGUCCGCAUCAUGGCUGCGGAAAAUGCAGCCACCCGGUCCCCAACCGGAGCCUUUCCCCGGCUCUCCCUCUCCCCAGCCCGCCUUCUUCUCCUCACCUUCAGCCUCCUUCCCGCCCCGUCCAACUGUCUGCUCGGCUUCCGACCGGAGGACACCGGGGAUGAGCUGUCAGUUGUGGACGGGGUGCUGAAAGCCACGGAGGGAACUCGUUUUAUGUUGCGGGUGUAUUAUUCCUCCUCUCCGCAGAGGAUGAACCGGAGCGCGAUGGCCAGACCGAACGCCGCGCCCUGGAUCGCCUUCAUCGAGGAGCCUACCCCGGGCAGGGAAGGGCAGGUUCACCCGAAGAGGAACAUGUGCAUGGAUAAGAACGCCAGAACGUCAGAUAUUGAGGUUCUGGGUUCCUUCAAGUCCGCCUCGAGUCAGAACUCAGUGCUGGUGGAGUUACUGGCCAAAGACCUGCGCAGAGGAGAGAAGAUCAAAUAUUACUCGAUGUGCGCCUUUGACGGGUCUAAAUGGGAACAUUACCGGACACGGGACUUUUGGGUUGCGGUGGUGGAGCGCUCGGCAGUACCGGAUCUCUGGCUCCAGGUGCUGGUGUCGGUUCUGUUGCUGGCGCUGUCGGCUCUCUUCAGCGGGCUGAACCUGAGCCUGCUCGCGCUGGACCCCGUGGAACUGCAGGUGCUCCAGAACAGCGGCACGGACAAGGAGCAGAAUUACGCGCGUAAAAUCGAAUCCGUGCGGCGGCACGGGAACUACGUCCUGUGCACUUUGCUGCUGGGCAACGCGCUGAUCAACGCCUCCCUGGCGGUGUGGAUGUGUCAGAUCCUCGGGAUGACGUGGGUGUCCACCGUCAUCUGCGCCUUCGGCAUAUUCUUCAUUGGGGAGAUCCUGCCGCACUCCGUGGCGUCGCGGCACGGCCUGGCCAUCGCCUCCAAGACCAUCUGGGUGACGCGUCUGUUGAUGGUGUUGUCGUUCCCCAUCUCCUACCCCAUCAGCAAACUGCUGGACCUCAUCCUCCACCAGGAGAUUAGUAACUUCUACACCCGGGAGAAACUCCUGGAGAUGCUGCGCGUGACCGACCCGUACCACGACCUGGUCAAGGAAGAGCUCAACAUCAUUCAGGGGGCGCUGGAGUUAAGGACCAAAACCGUUGAGGACGUGCUCACGCCGUUGACGGACUGCUUCAUGUUGGCCUCGGACGCGGUCCUUGACUUCAACAGCAUGUCUGAGAUCAUGCAGAGCGGCUACACGCGCAUCCCGGUGUUUGAGAACGAGAGGUCAAACAUCAUAGACAUCCUGUUCGUUAAGGACCUGGCCUUUGUGGACCCGGACGACUGCACGCCUCUCAAGACGAUCACGCAGUUCUACCGCCACCCCAUGCACUGCGUCUUCAACGACACCAAGCUGGACGCCAUGUUAGAGGAGUUUAAAAAAGGGAAGUCUCACCUGGCGAUUGUCCAGCGUGUGAACAACGAGGGGGAGGGGGACCCCUUCUACGAGGUCACGGGCAUCGUCACCUGAGACGUCAUCGAGGAGAUCAUCAAGUCUGAGAUCUUGGACGAGACAGACCUCUACACUGAUAACCGCAGCAAGCGGAGAGUAUCUCAUCAUGAGAGGAAACAGCAGGACUUCUCCAUCUUCAAGCUGUCGGACAGCGAGACCAAGGUGAAGAUCUCCCCUCAGGUGUUGCUGGCCACACACCGCUUCCUCUCCACAGAGGUGGAGCCCUUCAAGCCGGCCCACCUAUCAGAGAAGAUUCUCCUGCGUCUGAUCAAGCACCCCAGCGUCGUACAGGAAAUGAAGUUUGAUGAGAGGAACAAACGAGCAGCACAUCACUUCCUGUUCCAGCGCAACAAACCUGUGGACUACUUCAUCCUGGUCCUCCAGGGUCGCGUGGAGGUGGAGUUUGGGAAAGGAGGCCCUGCGCUUCGAGAACGGGCCUUUGCCUACUACGGCGUUCCUGCCAUCAUGCCCACAGUGCACAGAUCCCCCUCCCGCAGCAGUGGUCUGGACCGCUCGGACUCCAUGCUGUACGGGGCCAGCGUGGGCCAGCUCAACGGAGGAGGGAACGCCUACUUGCCUGACUACUCCGUCAGACAGCUCACACACCUGCAGGUCAUCAAGAUCACGCGGAGCCACUACCAGAACGCCCUGACGGCCACGCGGAUGGACAGCUCCCCUCUGACCCCCGACGCCGACACCCGCCUGGCGGACACGCCCCCGGCUGAGCCCCCCGCCCCCGGGCCCUCCGCCAGCCUGAUGCCCCCCCCCAGCUCCGCCCGCCCCCACGGCCAGCCGGCCAGCUUGCCGCAGAGCACCUCCCUGCUGAACGAGAGGAACCGCAUCGUCCGCAGUAAGUCUGAUGGUCAGAAGAGCCCCAGUGACUCUGUGUUCCUGAGGAUGGAUGACAUCCCCUACAUCAGAGAGGACCACUCUGAGAGCGACGGAACCAACGACACAGCGUCUGUUGCCAUAGAGACAGACUCCCCCUCUCCCUUCAUCAGUACUCUGUCCCUCAGUGCCUCUGAAGACACUCUGGGCAAGAAGCUGCUGCUGAAACUCAGUCACAAAAAGAGGAAGAAGUCCAGAGAUGGAGAAAAGACACCAGAGAACUCUGAACAGCCGCUCGUUAAGACCUAGCGGAGCGUGUGUGUGAGCGUGUGUGUGAGCGUGUGUGUGAGCGUGUGUGUGAGCGAGUGUGUGUGUUCAAACGGUCGACAGAAUACACAAUAUUCCCUCCUCUUUACAUUUUUUAACGGUUUAAAGACACCUUCUCACACCCCUACAACUCCUGAAUUUACAGCGGCCCAGCUAACUGAGCCAGUGGACGGAACACUGAACUUCACCAAGAAAUAGGGGUGUAACAUCUGCCCUCCUUGAAUGUCUAAACUCUGGCAAUACGCAGCGCACACACACAGACUCCUAAACAGGGCCUUUUGUCCGGUCGCUGUGGCGCUGACCCUCGUCAGGAGAGGAAGGACAGCGAGCAAAGAAGAGGCUGGAGAUUACGCUUUGUUAUGUUUUGAAAACAUCCGACCGUUGGCGAAAGGUCGUUCUUGUUUGUCGUUGAAGGGGGAGUUGAAAGGCACAAAGGGAGACACCAAAGACAGUCACGUCCUUUAUAUAC